UCCGCCUCCAAGCGCGGGGAGGUGUGCUGUUUCUUUGCGAUAAAUCCUGCCGCUUCCUGGGCGCUAAACAUUACCAGCGAGGGUUUUGAAGUUACUAAUUAUGUACGCCUUGGACUCGCGUGAGUACAGUUUAAGGGGCCAGAAGCUGGCUAUCUAGAAGCCACCCCCUCAGAGACCGUCCCCCCCUCUGCAACUUCUGCUGUACUUGGUUCCGCCAAGACCCACGACGGUUCCGCCCCCUUCUUCCUUGUCAUUGAUGUUGUUGUUCUUGUCAGUGCCGCAUCCCCGACCGCCGGGAGCUCGAACCCGAGCGGGGGCCGCCCGGGUGGCGCGGUGGCGGCGGCAGCGGCUGCGGCUGCAGCAGCUGCGACGGCUGGGGCUGCUCCGUGGACUGCGGGGGCGGCCGGGGGCUGGCAGCCGGGGCCGGGGCCGGAUGGCUCUGUGCGGGCAGGCGGCAGGCGCCGCGUCGCUGCCCAGCGAGCUGAUCGUGCACAUCUUCUCUUUCCUGCCCGCGCCCGACCGGCUGCGGGCCUCAGCUUCCUGCUCGCACUGGCGCGAAUGCCUCUUCUACCCUGCUCUUUGGCCCCAGCUCCGCAUCUGCCUCCGCGUCUCCCCCGCGGAGCAGCCUCGGCUCGAAUUCCUCAUGCGCAAGUGCGGCUGGUUCGUGCGAGAGCUGCGUGUUGAGUUCGCCGCCGAGAAUUACCUGAGCGGUGGCGGCGGCCCGGGCGACGGAGGCGGCGCGGACACAGGGACUGGCGGGGAAGAAGUCGAGGCCCUGCAGCUCUCAACCCGUUGGCUGGAAGUGCUGCGCACCUACUUAGAGCUGGUGCUGUGCGUGCUGGUCAGCAUCCGGAACAACAGGAACCUCCAGAAGUUUAGCCUUUUUGGAGACAUAAGUGUUCUACAACAGCAAGGAAGUUUGUCAAAUACAUACCUCAGCAAGGUGGAUCCUGAUGGCAAAAAAAUUAAACAAAUUCAGCAGCUGUUUGAAGAAAUACUGAGUAAUAGUAGGCAACUGAAAUGGCUGUCCUGUGGGUUUAUGCUGGAAAUAGUAACCCCAACAUCACUGUCAUCUCUCUCAAACUCAAUUGCCAACACCAUGGAGCACCUGAGCUUGCUGGACAACAAUAUUCCUGGUAACAGCACCCUUAUCACCACAGUUGAACUGGAGCGAUUCGUGAAUCUGCGCUCACUUGCCCUGGAUUUCUGUGACUUUACAGCUGAGAUGGCAAGAGUCUUAACCGAUAGCAACCAUGUGCCUUUGCAGCGACUGUCUCUCCUGGUCCACAAUGUUUCCGUGAUGCACAAGUCUCUGGAGAACAUGCCAAAUGACGAGCAUUGGAAAGCCUUGUCACGAAAGAGCACCAGCCUUCGGGUCUACAUAAUGGCCUUUGAUAUCAAGAGUGAAGAUAUGUUAAAGAUUCUGAAACCCAGUAUACCACUAGAGAGGAUUCAUUUUGACAGCUACAUCACUUGUGUUUCAGGAGCAAUUGUUGAUCUUAUAUCCAGGCAGUAUGAUAAGUUCCUCACUCACUUUAUAUUAAUGAAUGAUGUGAUUGACACGUCUGGUUUUCCAGAUCUUAGUGACAACCGAAAUGAAGAUCCGUUGGUUUUAUUAGCUUGGAGGUGUACAAAGCUCUCUCUCCUGGCAAUUCAUGGUUACACAGUGUGGGCGCACAACCUCAUUGCCAUUGCUCGUCUUCGUGGCUCUGAUCUAAAAGUACUUGAAGUCACUGAAGAAAGCAUUGAUUUUGACCAAGGUGAACUGGCCGACCAGGAUGUGGAUCCAGUGCAUAACCUUAUUGAGCAGGUGUCCCUGGGCCUGGGUCAACCUUGGCACGCGGUCAUGGACAUCGAAUCACUCAGUGUCUUCACUGAACCAAAUCGUCAUUUUUACAGAGAGAUGCAAAGCUUCAGCGAAGACAUUUAGCUUUUUUUUAAUGUACAAUUCCUGUGGUUACAUAUGCAAGUAGGGUCCUAUUAUGUUUUUUUUUUCAGUAGUGUGAAUUAAUCCCUUUGUGCCGUGUUUAAUCAGUAUUAGCUUUAUAGAAUUAUAUAUGUAUAUUCUACUUCUUGAUCAAAGAACGUAGUCGGGUAUUGGUUUAGAAGUUCAAAGUGACAAUGCAUAGGGCUUUCACGGUUAAUGGACUUGUUAUCAAACCUUAAGGACAUAGAACCGAAGGUUGUCUGAGGUUGCUGGCUAACUUUUAUUUUUCACUGAGUUACUCUGCCUUUUGAUGUUUUUAUUCUUUGUGUGUCAGAGUUCAGAGCUCAGGAGCCAAAAUAUUUUUAUACAUAUAUAGAUAUAUAUCCAUAGCCUGUUGGAUUUGUAUGCAAUGCACUGCAUUCAUGCUUCUGGUAGCAUUUCAUUAAUUUUUAUUUGAAACGGAAGAAGGGAGGACAGUAUGAUCCCAAAUGAGUUACCUUUAACAGGAAAGCCAAGACUAACUUUCAUUACAUAUAUAAUAGUUGAUAUCACCAAUUACCAUUCUCAAUUUUGUAUAAUACUAGGUUAGAACACUGCUUAAUCCUUUUUUAAAAAAAUGCAUUUACAUAAACAUGAAUACUCAAAUUGUUAGACUUUUUUUUAAACUAUAUCAAUUUUAUUCAUCAAUUACAUUAUACAUUCAAGUUAGCUUUUUAGCCCAGAUUUCAAAUAGUGGAGGAAGAAACUGUAUUCCAGGGUAACACCUCCUUAAAAGAAAAUCAAAAAGCAGAGUUGUAAACACACAUGCUUGCAAACAAACAUUAGUCGUGAAAUCCCUAGCAACAAGUCACUGGAUUUUUCUCUGUCAGCGCGCGUGUCAGCUGCCAAAGAAUAGACUUAACUGAAGAAGUGCCCACAUGCUGGCAGGGGCCGGCCCACUCUGGCCAGCCAGAUACUGCUAGAUUGUAAUAUUUAAGGUCGAAUUUCGACCUGUGGUACACAGCUGUGCUGUGGCUCAGUCAGCAACCUCAGAACUCUGAAAAAACAAAACAAAAAAAAAGAAAAAAAAACCAUGCACCUGUUUCACUGUGAAUAGUGAAUGUAAAGGAAAGAAAGGAAAAACUGAAAGCUUGUUCUAUCACAGGUAUGAGCUGCUAUGAUACAUGAAGAACAUUCCAUGAAGUAUGUUUUAAAACCUUGUUAUAUCUGAGAGGCUUUAAAAGCCGACUUAACUGUUUCAGGGCAACCGCGGUACAGACGUGGUCUCUGUGAGACUUCCACCUGACCCCAGUUUUAAGUGGUACGAAUGUUGUGCAUUUAAUGUUAAAGGACAGUCUGCAAUAAUAAAGUAAGUAGCCAACGUGGGUGCCCAGCAGUGCUGAGACCUGGCUGCUCUAUUGUAAGCUUUGGAAACACAAUUUAUGCAACAGAUGUCCAGAUAUGAUUCUAUUUAUGGAAAAAGUUUAUAUGUAUUUUACAAAUGGUUUUACCAUCUUAUAUAAAAUGACCUUUUGACAGGUGUGCACUGUUUUGUCUCCAGUGAGCACAUACCAUGAGGAUUUUAUAUGUACAUCAGUAGUGUGAAUCCACUGGCACAGUGUGUGUAAAUGCCAGAUGUGGUGAGAUUUUAUCUUAUAAAUGUGAUCAGAUAAAAUAAAUCCUGACAGAAACUGUAAGGAAACCAGCUGAAUGUUUGACCUGAUGACUGAUGUUGUAUGGUUUAUGUUAAAUGUAUAUUCUUUUAAUCAAUGAAUAAAGCAUUAAAAAGUGA